UUUUCACACUUUCAUUUUUCUUCGUCAGACCCAGUUGGAGAGGAAAGAGUGCCCGGUUGCCAGAACGGAGACGACUGGUGAUGACGAUAAGCAGAGAGCUGACGGUGGAAGCAGCACGCUAGCACCACCAUCACCACGGGUUACAACAGUGCCAUUGCCGGAGGUGUUGCAUGAUGAUGUGGACACUCAUGACACCACGCUCAACACCGAGGACGACGACGUUGAGCAGAUCACAGUGAGAGGAACCUUGGUGGCUGCAAUCAAUGUGGAGGGCAGCCCUUCAGAGGCAAGAGGAGGAGGAACUGAGGAUCAGAAUCGACCUGCGAACCUAGAGCUAGACAUCUGUCAAAUGGAGGACAAGGACGGGAAGCUGGCUUUUGCUGCUGCUGAACAAGGGGACGAUGAUUCCGGGAAUUCCUUCUUCAAGACGGUGGAGGAGUCCACAUACACCAUUCCACCACAAGAAACCAUGAGCUUUGUGACGGGUCCGGAUGGGUCCAACUAUCUGACCAACAUGCAGCGCACCGUAGUCGUCAAUCAGCGGAGAGAAAUGACCCAAUCUGUCCAAGUGUCCAGCAGUACGUCUGGUAUGGAGACGAGCACCAGUUCAAUAUCAUCCAUGACGAUGGCAUCAAGUGGUGAGGACCAGCGUGCCCUAACUCCGGACCUUGUCGAAGAAAUCCCAAUCUUCGCACUGCCAGCUGGAAUGUCCCAGGAGACGAAGGAAUUGGUCCACUCGCCCACACAGAGCAGACGACUCAUAACCCCUGACGAUGGGGACAGCCUCACUGUGAGGGUGCGACAGGUAACGAAACAAGUUACACGACGAGUUAUCCGAAAACGACGCCGAAUAAUUAGAAAAGUAGUCAUCGUAAACGGGGAGGAGAUCGUGACGGAGGAGAUAAUUGAUGAGCCGGACGAGGUUGACGAACAGACUGCGGAGCUGACGAGUGGCCCCAUUGUUGACUACUCAUCGUCUUCAUCUGCAGUGCAAGGAGGGGGCGGCGACUUCCCACCAACCUCGCCGGGUGUGGUCAUCACUGAGAUUACCGACUCUUACACGCCACGAGGGGGCGCAACUCCCAUGCCCGAGGACAUUCCAGACAUUCCGCAAGAAGUGGAGGAGGCGGUGAGGGAAAGUCUCGAGUCUUCCGUAGGCCCCAUCCUUUCCAGGUCACAAGUGGAAGAGUUAGUGCAGCAGUCACUGCUUGUCAAAGAUGGGGUCACUCCACCCGUGAUUGCUCCACAUUCACCGAUUGAGACUGAGAUUUCCAAGCAGCAGAAGAGUGUAGUCGCACCACCAGUUGAACAAUAUCCAGAGAAGAAAAAGCAGGAGAAAAGUGACGACUCGCCUGACUCGGUUCAUAGUCUUGGAAAGAGAAAAUCUUUUCCACCAACUCAAGAUUCGAAAACUGAACAAAAACACAUAGAAGCUGACACCGUAAAGCAUGAAUCGACAUCUAAAUCCACAAAGAUAGAUUCCACAUCAUCUGAACCGCAUUUUGUAACCCACGAGUCACAAAUUCCGACCCAAGAACUUUCCCCCGAGAAGGUAAUCACUUCGGAUGAGUUACAUUUAGAAACCACAGUGAUCACAUCUCCACAGAAAACGGAACAGUAUUCAUUCCCAGUUGAACUAGACAAUAAAACUCCAGAGGAGACCCCGUCACAAGUGUCACAAACUGUACCGGAGAAAGUCAUUCACAGUGUUGCAGCAGAACUGGUGGCGACACAGAUUCCAAAACCUGAAGAAGGAACACGAAGAGAAGAGUUUGAACCCGAAAAGCCCAUUCCGUCCAAACACGAAGAGGCGGAUACGGAGGAGCUGGUUCAAGAGAAAGCAGAGGAAUGCAAACUUGAGUCUGAGCAAUUGAAGGAACCAGUUCAAUCAACCCUUGUUUCUUCGAUUGAGGUUGUACAAUCAACAACUGUUCCUGAGCAAGUGAGUCAAAUUAAAGAGACAAUUAAAGUGGAAGAACAUGCACCUUCCGACAAACAGGAUUCAAAGGAAAGCAAGAAGAAGGCGAAAAAGGGAGGCAAGAGGAAGGAGAAAGAGGAAGAGAAAACUAGAGAAGUUACCUCAGUCCCCGCACUCGAUCCAAGCGAGUCAAAGCAUUCUGUCCCCAAAACUGACACACCGCCAAUGGCUGCAGAAUUCGCAGAUGAUAAACCCUUUGUCCAAAACCUGGAAGAUUUCUCGUCGUCAUCUCAGACCGAGAGUGGAAUUGGUACCCUCACGGACGAUGCAGCAAUCGACGUGGUUUUGAGUGUCCACGUGUCACAAGAAGAACGCAAGUCUCCGAGUCCUACUCCCAAAAGGAAAGCAAGCAAGACAGACCUGUCUGCAAAAGCGGAAACCACCAAGAUGAGUGACAUCCCUGAAUCCAUCAACGUAAUCGAUCAGCCAAUUGUCGACACAUGCACGUCCGAACCUCCCUCGCUGAUUACUCAAGAAACUCUACAACCCCACGACCUGAAAGUAUCAACUGUUGUUGACAAACCUGUAGAACUCAAGCAAGAUGAAAGUUUGCUGGUUUCGGAUGGUACACGAUCGGAGGAAGAUGCGGCAGUCACUUUUGAAGGGGAUCAGUUUUCGGUGGUGGAGCCAACGACAGUCGACUCACUGCCUAAACCACACUCAAUCCCACCCAUGACUUCAGAGCCAUCCGAAUCUAAAGAACCAAUCCCAAUACCAGAUUUAGUAGACCUGGUAGAUGUGACUUCAGCUGAAACCAUGAGUAAACCGAGAAAGGGGGAUGAAAUUGAAGUGAAGGAACCAGUGGGUCCCCAGACAGCGAUAAUUGGAGACACUUGUCAGCUCAUUUCAGAAUCAGUGACAUUCACCGCAACAGAACCUGAGUUUGUGGAAACGGUGGCGCCUGUGGGGAGUCUGGAGCCAUGUCAAACAACAAUUCCAGAAGCACCCACCAGAGGAGUUCCAACCGAGACCCCCGCCUCACCGGAUGUGGCAAAAGGAUUUGUGGAGGAUUCAAAGGAAGCGGGUGACAAACCGAGAGCGUCUUUACACCCGGUGGAGGACUUGAUUUCAUCGUCAGACGUUUAUUCCACCGUUGUCGAUUCGCACAUAACUCCACAACCGCCGGGGUCAAAGUCAGAGAAAGAUCUCGGAGUUGUACGUGAGAAGGACGUUUCGACCCUAAUCCAGAACACCAAGGAUGGAUUGGUAAGGUUGGAAGACGCGUUACGAUGUGAGGACAAUCUCACUGUGAUCCAAGAAAUUGUUUACAUUAUGGAAACAAUAACUGAAAUUGUGGAAACGAUUCGAAUGACACUCGUGAGAUUGGAAGAACCGUCCACUUCAAUUUCGCCAGCCGACCGGGUGAAAGCAGUCGAGGAGCUUAAAGGUCAGCUGAAUGAGGCGUUGCUGCCAAUUCACUCCUUCCGAAACAUGGUGGCAGAACAUCCCUUCAUCGAUGGGACAACCCGAUCGGACGUCUUGUCUAGCCUUGAGCCGGUACUCACUACGAUCACGCCCGAACUCAUUGAACACAUCACCGCGGCAUCAAACUCGCUCAGGGAAGGAGAGUUGGCAAGGUCAAAAUUGGUUGCAAAACCAGAGCAAGCUUUUGAUGACCUAACACCUCAGCCGGAAGUCAGCCCAACGGAUAACAAAGAGGAGAAAGUAGUGGUGACUCCAUUCGAUCCGUCCCUUGAGAAUCAAGAAUUCAGCGUCCUCGGCGGCGUCCCACCUUCCUCUCAGCCUAUUCAACAGACAGGGGAAAUUGUUUCCGACGACCAGUCACAAGCUGCAUGUCUUACGGAACCAUUAACUUCCGAUUCAUUCCAAACAUCUUCAUCUAGUAAAGCGACACACACCGAUCUAGAAACAGAAAACGGAGUAACAAAGGUAAAAGUGACCCAACUCGAAAUUGCCCCACCAGAAGCGUCACGUUUAUCCGAAGAAACCACAAUGUUAGAGCAGAAGACACAAAUUGUUGAGAAGGAAGAACCGAUGGACCAUCAGAAAACUACUUUGAGCGACUUAGAGACAAAAAUCAGCCCCCAAGAAGGCGAGAAAGAGCAACAAGAAGAAUUACCACCUGCAGCGCCAUCAGCCCAACAAGAAGUUGAACCACAAAAAACGCACCGCAUUCGCAAGUCCAAGCGUGACAAAAUCAAGCAAGAUGUGGAGGAAGAACUGCCACCCGUGGUCUCAGUCGUGGAGAUUCUCGAACCCUCUCCACAAGAGCUUGAACUAAAGUCCAAACUGAACAAGGUGAUGAACAAACUCAAACAAAUUGAGGGACAAAAGUGGAGAAAAGCCUCAGGUCAGCCACCUUUUAGCCUUGUAAUGUCACCCGAGGACAGCAAGGACGUUUCCACUCUAACACAGAACUCCAAGGAUGGACUGGUCAGAUUGGAAGACGCGUUACGACGUGAGGACAAUCUCAAUGUGAUACAAGAAAUUGUUUACAUUAUGGAAACAAUAACUGAAAUUGUGGAAACGAUUCGAAUGACACUCGUGAGAUUGGAAGAACCAUCGUCUUCUAUUUCGCCAGCAGAUCGGGUGAAAGCAGUCGAGGAACUUAAGGAUCAACUGGACGAGGCGUUGCUGCCAAUCCACUCCUUCCGAAAUAUGGUGAAGGAUCAUCCCUUCAUCGAAGAGACAACCCGAUUUGACGUUUUGUCGAGCUUGGAACCUGUACUCACUACGAUCACGCCCGAACUCAUUGAACACAUUGCCGAGGUGUCUAACUCGUUGGAACAAGCAAAGACGAAAGAAGUUGCAAAACCAGACAAGAGCUCAGAAGACAUAAUACCUCAACCGGAAGUGAGCCCAAAAUAUGAUCGCGAAGAGGAAAAAGUGGUGAUGAGUCCAAUUGUUCCGCCCAAACCGUCUCUGGAGAAUCAAGAAUCAAUCAGCGUCGUCUCGCUUUCCUCUCAGCCUGCCCAACAGAGAGAGGGAAUUGUAUCCGUCGAACAGUCAGAAGUUGUACGUCUUACGGAACUAUCAACUCUUGAUUCAUUCCAAACAUAUCCACCAAGAGACGUGACGCACACAGAGCUGGAGGAAGAGAAAAGACGCGAAGUAGAUGCUGAACAUUCCGUGCCCCGAGACCGGAAGAAGAAAACGCCUGCGAAAGAGAAGCGAGGCGUUGAAAGAAAGGAGACGUCACCCGAAAAAGUUUCACCUCAGCAGAGCCUGAUCGAAUCAGAUCCGAAAGUAGAAACUGCUGAUGUGUCCUCAACUGCAGACAUAACGGCACCCAAGUCCACACUAUCACUAACGCACCAAGAGAUUCUCCCCAUAUCAAUUGUUGAACAGGAAAAUGAUGAGGAUGUGAAAGAUGGAGAAAUUGUGGCGACGGAUCGGGUACAGGUCCAAGACCCAGCUGCGAAGAACCUGACGAAUGAAGUUCGUGUGGCUAGAGAAGCUGAGGAGAAUAAAAUCAUACCCGCAGCGACGGUCACACACGCCACGUCACUUGAAACGGAAGAGAUUUCCACACCCGUUGUUCCUAGAACAGAAGACGAGACGAAAGUAGAUUGGGAAACCAGAGUGAUCACAUCGCCACAGAAAACGGAACAACAAUCGUUCCCAGUCGAAGUUGACAGUAAAUCUUUUGAAUUUACUCAAACUCUGGAGGAGACACUGUUGCAAGUGGCACAAAAUGUACCGGAAAAAGUCAGCCAACUAAAGCAGGAAAUUGCUAAUAUUCCAGCAGAAUCGGUGGUGAUGCCACAGUCCGACCAGGAAAGGGCAACAGAAGCAGAAAAGUCAACUCCCCCCAAGGUCAAGGAGGAACUGGUUCAAGAGAAAGCAGCGGAGGAGUCAGGUCAACUUGAGUCUGAGAAAUUAAAGGAACCAGUUCAAUCAACCCCUGUUUCUUCGAUUGAGGUUGUACAAUCAACAACUAUUCCUGAGCAAGUGAGUCAAAUUGACGAGUCAAUUAAAGUGGCAGAACAUGCACCUUCCGACAAACCUGAUUCAAAGGAAAGCAAGAAGAAGGCGAAAAAGGGUGGCAAGAGGAAGGAGAAAGAGGAGGAGAAAACUAAAGAAGCUACCCCCGGGACCGAUCCACACGAGACGAAGCAUGUAGUCCCCGCAAUUGAAACACAGGAGAAAAUCACUGAAAGUGUUGCAGCAGAACUGGUGGCGACACCGACUCCAAAAUCUGAAGAGGAAAAAGAUAGAGAAGAGUUUGAACCCGAAAAAUCUAUUCCAUCCAAACAGGAAGAGGCAGAAAGUGUCGUUACGGAGGAAGUGGUUCAAGUGAAAGCAGAGGAGGUAGGCCAACUUCCGUCUCAGCACCUGGAGGAACCAGUUUCGUUGAUUGAGAUUGCAACUGCUCCUGAGCGAGUGCGUCAAAUUGAAGAGUCAAUUGAAGUAGCAGAACACGCACCGUCUGAUAAACCUGAGGCAAGGGAAAGCAAGAAAAAGCCGAGAAAGGGUGGCAAGAAGAAAGAGAAAGCAGCCCUCGAUCCUGAUGAGACUCUCCCUGCAACUGAGGGACAGAUAAUUACAAAAUCCGCAGAUCCCAAACCUACGGUCCAAAAACUGGAAGAUUUUUCAUCAUCAUCUCAGACCGAGAGAGGAAUUAGUACCCUCACCGACGAUGCAAAUCUGCCGGAGAAAGUCGACCAAGUUGAGGACAUUGACAACGUUGCAACAGAUCUGGUGUCUGAAGAACAAAAAGAAAGUGGAGAAUUGGGACCCGAAAAGUCAAUUCCCUUCACCAAAGAGACGGAGAGUGUUGUUACUGAGGAACUGGUUCCAGUGAAAGCAGAUGAAUUACGUCAACUCGAGUCUCAGCAAUUGAAGGAACCAGCUCAAUCAACCAUUGUUAAGUCACAAGUUGUAGAAUCGGCCCUGGAGGCUAAUAAACCGACUGAAUCGUCUACAGAGUUUAAAGGCGACGACGUUUUGUUGGGUUCAUCGCUGCCUGAAGUCAAAGAGCCUGACCAUGUAAAACCCGAGCCAUCCACUGCCAGCGAAGAUCAAAGAAAGAAAACGAAAGGAAAACGACGUGGAAAGAAAGAAGAUGAGCCGUCAGACAAGGGAGUUGCUUCUCAAGGAAAACCUGACUCCACUCCAGGCCACCAGAUUGUGUCAGAGAAAGCUGAUAAAACCGACGAACCUGUGCAUCUGUUGGCCUCAGAAAUACUGUCUGUCCAAGUUGAUGAGAAAAUGGAAAAACCCACAGCAGUGCAAUUGUCCCAACGGGAAGACCAGACAACUAAGGAUAUCGGAAACCGUAAAACUCGCGAGGAAAAGGAUGACCGAGUCGGCUUAAUUUCACCUCUGGAAAUUCAGGAACAAGAACCCGGAGCAAUAUUUCCACCACACGUUGAACCAGUGGAUGCAAAAAUACAAGGAGAGAUAGGUGAACAAAUAGUUUCAGCGAGAGUGGCAGACGACGGUGUGACAGAGACGGAUUCCAAAAUAGCACACGAUCCGGAAGAAGAGCAUUUGGUGUCCUCCCUUCAACAACAGCUAUUGAUGUCCACGGAAAUUGAGUCAAUUGCUACUGCUGAUCAUCACUUGACCCCUGUGGAGGAAGUUGUCAUCACAAAAACGCACGCGUGGGUAUGUGGCACUCCGGACGAUGAGGAAAUUAGAGCUGACGAAUCCGUUCUGCUCCGUCCUACCUCUGCAACUGAAGAGAGCGAAGGAAAAGUUGGAUCCCGUGAUGAAGAAAAACGAAGUCACGUGGUUGAGACAGAAUUCAGCCCAACUGAAAUUGCUGAGCCAGAGAUCCGACAAGAAGUUGCAGCAACCACUACACUCGCACCAUCGCACGAUUUGGACGAAGAUUCGAAGUUUGUGCAUCCGACUGAACCCCGUGUGCCAUCAAAGGUUGAAGAACAAGUACUCACUCUUCCAUCAGAGGAACCAGCCCACGUGCCCACACGGGCAGGAGAGAAGAAAACGAAGGGCAGACGUGCACAUGAAGACAAGGAACUGGACCCAUCAAGGACACAAGAUCAUCAAACGAUGACUGGACCCAGCAGCAGUAUCCAAGUCUCCCUGUCUUCAUCCCCUGAUAAACCAGUGGCGCAAAUUUCUGAGCCAUCCCAAGCGCCCAAAGAAUUGAGAGUAAACAAGCCACAGGUUGCUGAGGACAUAACCAUCGUCCCUGCUCUGCCUACCUCAACCGAGGGCGAGGAAACGAGUGACAAGACUGGUGAAGACAAUGGCUCCCCAGUAGUGCUACAUGCUAUUGUUCCAAAGAACCUUGAACAAAUUCCACCUUCUUCAGAUGAUCAUUACGCAGAUCCUGCAUCACAAGUCUGCACAGAUGAACGUUUGUUAAGGCCAUCACUGCCUGAGGUCACUAAGACGAGUGAUGCCCAACCAGAACCAUCACCCCCCGAGGUUAAACCGACGGAUGAUGAAAAACCAGAACCACCCAUUGCUAGAGAAGAUCAAAGAAAGAAAACGAAAGGAAAACGCCGUGGAAAGAAAGGAGACGAGCCCUCAGAUGGAGGAGUUGAGUCUCAAGGGAAGCCUGACUCCACAUCAGGCCACCAAAUUGUGUCAGAGAAAGCUGAUGAAACCGACGAACCUGCGCAUCUGUUGGUCAAGUCAAUUCAAGCCCAAGAAACGCACGAACUAGGAUUUCCACCAGACGCUGGAUUGAUAUCGCAAACCACAACAGACGAACUUCUAGUGGCGGCACAAGAGUUGGAAAUUGAUGAUUCCAUCCCAAAGGACGGAGAUAAAGCUAGCAAGCAGGAUGAAGAGAAAACGGCCCAAACUUUCCCCGGGUCUCCUUAUCCAGAUGGGGAGCCAGUGCCCAUUCAGACUGACCAAUUCAAUGUUCAGGAACCUGAACUUACAGUUACAGCAACCACGCUUCCGUCAGUCCGGGACCAAGAACCCGCAAAGGAGCGCGAAGAAGCUGUUUCCAGUGGUCCACCCCCUAAAGCUGAGACUAGGAAGAAGAAAAAAGGGGCCAAAGUGAAACCUGCAGUAGCCGCAGAUGACGAGACGAUGGGGGUAACAAGUCCAUUGGAUUAUCCCUCUGAUUUGCCAGAGCAAGAGAAUCCGGUGGAUCCGACGUCUAUACGCGUUCUCGAACCAUCAACCUCGCCCAGUCUGGUGGUCAAGGAAUCAGAAAUCACAAAAGAAACAUUUUCCUCAAUCAGCACACAACCUCCUGCAACUGGCACAACUUCCGCUGAGUCGACAAUAAAUAGUACCAAGGAAGCUAUCCUCUUAAAACUUGAACAGUUUCCGUUAUCGCCGACAGCAGAAGUGGGGAUGAAAUCAGAAAAAGUUAUUGAGUUUUUGCAACCCGAAACUUUAUCCGCGAAUUUAGCAGGCACAACUGCAGACACUGAUAUUGCCAAAGUGAUAGUAGACGAAGAGGCAUCCCAACCACAAGAACAAGGGGGCGACCAUAAAACUACUUCGAGCGACUCAGAGGAAAAAAUCAGCUCUCAAGAAGACGAGCAACAGCAGCAAGAAGUUCCAUCAGUCAAACAGGAAGUUGAACCCACAAGAACGCACCGCAUUCGUAAAUCCAAGCGUGACAAAGUCAAGCAUGAUGUGGAGGAAGAACUGCCACCCGUGGUCUCAGUCGUAGAAACUUCCGAGCCCUCUCCCCAAGAGCUAGAACUAAAGUCCAAACUGAACAAGGUGAUAAAGAAGCUAAACCAAAUUGGGGGACAAAAGGAGAGAAAAAUCACCAAUCAGCCACCUUUUAGUCAUACAAUAUCACCCUCCGAGGACAGCAAGGACGUUUCCACUUUAACCCAGAACUCCAAGGAUGGAUUGGUCAGACUGGAAGACGCGUUGCGACGUGAGGACAAUGUCACCGUGAUCGAAGAAAUUGUUUACAUUUUGGAGACCAUCACUGAAAUCGUGGAAACGAUUCGUAUGCAACUCGUGAGAUUGGAAGAACCAUCGUCUUCUAUUUCGCCAACCGACCGGGUGAAAGCAGUCGAGGAGCUUAAGGGUCAACUGGACGAGGCGUUGCUGCCAAUCCACUCCUUCCGAAACAUGGUGAAGGAGCAUCCCUUCAUCGAAGAGACAACUCGAUCGGACGUUUUGUCUAGCCUGGAGCCAGUACUCGCUACGAUCACGCCCGAACUCAAUGAACACAUCGCUGCGGUGUCCAACUCGCUCAAGGAAGAAGAAUUUGCAAGAUCGAAAGAAGUUGCAAACAACGUAAUACUUGAAUCGCAAGUGAGCCCAAAAGAUGAUCGCGAAGAGGAGAAAGUGGCGAUGGCUCCAGUUGUUCAACUCGAACCGUCCCUUGAGAAUCAAGAAUUCAGCGUCCUCGACGUCGUCUCGCCUUCCUCUCAGCCUGCCCAACAGACAGAGGGAACUGUGUCCGACGAACAGUCAGAAGUUGUACGUCUUACGGAACCAUCAAUUCAAGAGAAGGAUCUGAAAGCGGUAAAAGUGACCCAGCCCGAAAUGGCGGCCCCACCAGAAGCACCAUUUUUAUCAGAAGAAGCCGCAAUGUCAGUGCAGGGAGCACAAAUUGUUGAGAAGGAAGAACAAGGGGACCACCAUAAAAUUACUUCGAGCGACCCAGAGACAAAAAUCAGCCCUCAAGUAGACGAGCAACAGCAACAAGAAGAGAUACCAAGUGAACCGCCUUCAGCCCAACAAGAAGUUGAACCUCAAAAAACACAUCGCAUUCGCAAGUCCAAGCGUGACAAAAUCAAACAAGAUGUGGAGGAAGAACUGCCACCCGUGGUUUCAGUCGUAGAAAUUGUCGAACCAUCUCCACAAGAGCUUGAACAAAAGUUCAAACUGAACAAGGUCAUGAAGAAACUCAAGCGAAUUGGGGGGCAAAGGGCGAGAAAAGCUACAAGUCAUCCAUCUUUUAGCCUUGUAAUGUCACCCUCCGGGGAGAGCAAAGACGUUUCCACUUUAACACAGAGCUCCAAAGAUGGACUUGCCAGAUUAGAAGAUGCGUUACGGCGUGAGGACAAUGUCACCGUGAUCCAAGAAAUUGUUUACAUUAUGGAAACCAUCACUGAAAUUGUGGAAACGAUUCGUGUAAAACUCGUGAGACUUGAAGAACCGUCCACUUCUAUUUCGCCAGCAGAUCGGAUGAAAGCAGUCGAGGAGCUUAAGGGUCAACUGGAUGAGGCGUUGCUGCCUAUCCACUCCUUCAGAAACAUGGUGACAGAACAUCCCUUCAUCGAAGAAACAACCCGAUCGGACGUUUUGUCGAGCCUUGAGCCUGUACUCACUACGAUAACGACCGAAAUCAUUGAACACAUCGCCGCAGUGUGCAACUCGUUGGAGGAACAAGAGCUUGCAAGGGCCAACUUGGUUCAAAACCUAACCGACACACACCAAAAGCUUGACUCCAUUAAAACAAGGAUGGACGGGAUCGUGGGAAAUGGAGAGGAUCAACCAACUUCUAUCCAACUAAAAGCCUUGGACGAAUUGGAACUUGAACUUCAAAGAAACGUGAGACCAUUAGCUCUUGAUGUGAUUGAGAAGGUGGACCACCACGCCCACAACUACUCACACCAGGACGACCGCGACUUAUCCGAGGAGUCGAACCACCUGCAAUCCGACCUAGAUCGCAUCUGUCUACAAUUGGCAGAAGAGAAGGAACGUCUUUUCCAAGUUAACUCGAUCGCUGAGGAGUACGAGAUGACCUUGCAGGAAUUUGAGAAGGUCAUUGAAGUGGCCGAAGGACUAGUUUCUCAAAAAAUUGUGGUCAGAAAUUUACCACACUUGCAAAAUGAGGUGAAGAAGAAUCGUAAAUUCUUUGGCAAUUUGAAGCGGUGUCAGCAAGCGCUGGAAAAGUUGGAGUAUGGGUUGGACCCCUCGACGAAAAAGACGCACGAGGUGCUGCACCAUCGACUCUACGAUGAAGCUUCAAGUAUUUUGGAACGUGCUGGCAAAAAGCGACAGCAAAUGGCAGUGGCUUCCGCACGUUGGGGAAGGCUAGAGCAAGGGCUUGAGGAGGAGAGGAAUUGGCUGGGGGCCGUGUCCAAAAAGAUUCCGUCACUGGACCAGGUAGCGUCGGGCGAGGUGGACAGAUACUGCACCACCUACCAGUCCCUCUACUCUGACAUGAUCGUCCACCAAGCUCGUCUCAUGCAGCUUCGAACCGUGAGUGAGAGUCUGCAAGAGGUUUUGACUUGUGAGACGUUGGAACGUGGGUCGGACGCCCUGGUGGAACAACUCUUGGGGCUAAGUGGACGAGUGACGAGUGGGCUACAGUCACUGGUCGCCUAUCGAGACUCGCAGUCCAGCUACGACCGACUGUGUACCCGGCUCCGGGCCUGGUUGCAGAAGGCAGAGGGAAAAAUGGACGCCUUAGCACUCCAACCCCUCAGUCAUCCCUACGACUUUUGGGAAUUGAAAGCACAGCUUGAAACCCUUCAACCUUUAAGGAACGAGGCGUCUGUUUUAUUGGACCAGUGUAUGCGUGCUCUCCACGUGACUGAUGAACCCACAAUUCGGGGCGUAUUUGCCAACUUUGAUGACCGCUGGUGUUCAUUGGUAGCAGCAGUGGCGUCAACAGAGUUAUCCUCCUUUUAUGGAGAGCCAGACACGGAGUCUUCCGUCUCGACCAGGCUUGGCGUCAUGUCUGAUGAAUUGUCCACCAUGGCUUCCGAGUUAUCCACCAUGUUGGUCAAUGUAGACUCGGAGGACGAUCUCUAUGUCUACCUGGAAAAAUUACAGAUUCUAAAGGCCCAAAUUCUGAAUAAGCGUCAUCAACUGAGCACUUUGCUGUCGAAUGAGGGAGGGGUUUUAGAGCCGGAGGAUGCGGAGCGAAUCAGUGCCAUGCUAUCCCUCGUUUCGACACUGGACAGCGAAGUUUCUGGAGAGCUGAACGUGGCGCACACUGUUCGAGAGAAGUUUGCCACUUUUGGGAGAAUGUCUCUCAAAACCCGACGACUCCAAGACACCCUUCGUGCUCGUGUUGACCAAUGGACGUCCUUUUUCGAGUUAUCUCAGGACAUUCUCAAACAAUCUCUGCAGAACUGUCAGACUCUGGAUGAAGACAUUUCCAAGAAUAACGUUGACCUGGACAAGAUGCGUCACCUCCUGACCACUUUCCCCUCUACCACCCACCUCGCCCUCAACAAGGGCAAAAUGGACCACGAGUUGCACGAGAUGGAAGCCACAGUGCACACUCUCAGCGCCAGAAUCCAAGAUCUGAGGAAACGAGUGCAGGAGCAGUUGGGAUUUUGGGAGCAGUACGACCAACUUUUAACCUCCAUCGCUCUCCUCACCACACAGACACAGACGACGUUGGAUCUUGUCGCCGAAGGCCCCACCAAACACGGCCUCCUCCUCGCAUCCGACCGACAUCUCAAGAACGCUGCAGAGUUGGUGAAGCAAGUCAACAUAGCGGAUGUGGAAAGGAUUGCCACGCAGCUCAAAGCCGACUCACCAGCAGAUAUUCAAAGGGAGAUUGACCUCAGAGUGCAGGAGGUGGUGGGAGAGUGGGGUGCGCUGGUGGGGAAACUCCAGACGGCGAUAUCUCGCACGGAAACGGCUCUCGUCCUCUGGAACCGUUUAGACGAAAGGAAGAAAGGGCUGGAGGACUGGAUUCGACAGUUCUAUCCUCAGAUUCUCACCCAUUAUUCCUUCCAACAGGAAGAGCAAGGAGAAGGAGGUGACGGUGGUGGGGUCGUUCUUAUUUCAAAGAAAUCAUCCAUCCCAACUGACCUAAUCCAACGGCUUGGCUCGGAACUUCCUGCCCAGGAAGAGACGAUGAACGAACUGCGAGCGUUGGCCACAGAGCUUUGUCUCACCCUCUCCCUGGACAGUGAGGAGGCCUUGAAACAGGGCCACCAGCUCCCAAUUACACUGGAAUUGGAAGGUUUGUCUCGAAAACUCCAGUUCCUCAAGAGCUACCUUUCCUCCGUCCACAACCUCAUUGUUCACACCCCAGCAGAACAACAACUCUUGCAAGAAGCAACAGUCACACUCUCAUCAGCCUCAGAGUUGCUGAAUCGUGAUCAUGGGGAACCAACUCUUGAUCUUGUGCAGAAACAGUUGCUCAAACUUGGAGAUGCUGAAGGCAAAAUGAAGGCUCUCGAAGUGGUUUCCUCCUCUGCUACUUCCGGUGGUGAUGGUGGACAGCCACAUUUAACACAACUCCUCAAAACGUCACAAGAAGUGUUUCACAAAACGUUUCAAGAGUAUGUGCGAAUUUGGAAUGCAGUUCCGGAUAGGGCAGAUGCAGAGGAGGUGCUGCAACUGUGGCACGAUUCUCUGGAACAAUGUCGUCACUAUUUGAACCAACCGAUUCCAGGUGAUGAGUCUCAGUUGGUAUCGGACUCGAGCCUUUGUUCCGUCCACCACAACAUCCUUCAGGGACAAGGGGACUCUCUCUCCACUCUGGUGGAACAGCGCCCCUCCGACUUUGCUCCCAUCCAGGACCAGUACAAUCAGCUCGAGGCCGAUCUCGCUCAACGCCAAGACGCUACAUCACUCCGGCUUCGCAACUGGAGUGAGUACAAAGCAGCCCUCGACGCGCUGUCGAUCUGGUUGCAACAGGUGGAACAGGAAAAGCAAACCUUACAACUUCCAUUCCUCUCCAUGGGUAGAAUCCCCCAUGUCAAACAACAGAUUGAGAUCCUCAUUGGUCGCCUACCCCGUGGGGAAGACCUCUUGGAGGACUUGAAGCGCCAACACACCACACUCGUCCCCUUGUGCGCCCCAGAACUUGGGACACGACUGAACCAAGAGUUUGCAUCCUCUUCCACCCGCCUGGACAAUCUGCGUGCCACGUUACUCAAAUGGCUGGACCAUAUCAACCGAUUGUUACAAAUGAACACAGACACUGAGGCUAAAAUGUCUCAAAUUUCGUCUAAUCUGUCCUCAAUCAGGGAUCGAUUGAAAGAGGAAAGGCCACCCAAAUCAUUCGCCGAGUUAAAACACUUUAUAAAGUCAAUCGAGAAAAUGUACAAGGAAACGGCCGAGCUGUCAAAUUCGUUAGAGUCACUGAAUGUUUUCAUAGAAGAAAUAAAGUCGUCCAUUAAACCAAGUGAUGCUCGACUUCUCCAACAAGGACACACUUCUCUCUCUCAACGCCAGGUCGAACUCCUCGACGAUUUGAGCCAACUCAAAGCUGAAGCUGAACAAAAGUUGGACUUACUUCCCAUCUUUGACACAAAGUGCAAGAACUGGCUGCUCUGGGUCAAGGAUGCCAAGGAUCGGUUGGAACGUCCUUCUACCCAAAACUUGGAGGACUAUUUGACCCACAUAGAGACCGAGCUUCAUCCAGAGCUGGCCAUGAAGAUGCCCGCCUUCCAAAGUCUGUCAAGAUGUGGAGACGACUUGGUAGAAAUGACGGCUGGGAAGGAAAAGAAGGAACUGGUGCGCAUCCUGAAAGAAGUGCGAGGAAAGUGGAAUGAGCUCUACACGCUCGUCGAACAACGGAACGGAAGGGUCAAUCACUUAUUGAAGUUGUUGCCGGAACUUGAAGUGCGAUCAUCCACCGUUGAGACCAAGUUGAAACAACUGGAGAAUUAUUUGAGCAGGCCCAUCAACCUCUCCACCUUCUCUGCCCAAGAAAUCUCAAAGGCUUCCAACAAACAUGAGACUGAACAGAAACGACUUAAUAACGAGUCCGUUGAAGUGAACGAGAUUCUAAAGCUGUGCGAGUUGGGGGCGACAGAGUGUGAAGAUCUUCGAAUGUACACUGACUCCAACCGUCUGCGGAGAAUGUCGGAGAAUCUCGAUGAUAGGUGGAAACAUCUCAUUUCCGGGUUUAGCAGUAAGAAGGCGAGUCUUGUCAACCUCAGGGAGAAAGUUGGAGAGCUGGACGAGAAAUGCGACUUGUUGGAAAUGCUGCUAACUCAGGUGGAGGAAACUUUAAAUGGUCUGGACGAGCAGCAGAGUUGCACUGCUCAGGUCAUCGAGCUAGUGACCUCCCUGCAAGCCAUGGCACCCAAAGUGGAAGACUUGAGCAACGACUACUCGUUUCUGACGAAGCAGGUCCAUGCCUCUGACCCAGGUGCCUUUAGUGGGCGUGUAAAAGGUGUGGUUAGAGACUGGAGGUCUCACCUCACGAGGUGUCACCAACUGAUGGAAGCUCUGCAGCGAACCGAAGCUCAAGCCCAAUUCGACGACGCCUAUUCUUACACGAAUGCUUUCUAUCAAAGUUUGUGUCACCAGGCGGAGCAACUCCAGUCGUCCACUUCUCUGGACGCAGAAGAAUUGUCCAAGAAAAUAAUGGAGAUUCGGGACAACGUGGAUCAAAACAAGGGUCUCACGUCCAACUUGUCUGCCCUGGGCAAGAUUUAUGUGGGAGUGGACUCGAGUGUGAAACAGGCUGUAAAGGAGAAGCAAGCUAACGUAAAAUCUCUGAAAAGUUACCUAGAAAAUUUACUCAUGGGAUUGGAACGCGAUGUUGAGCGAAGACAGAGGGAGGAGGAGGAAGACGAGGCGUCUGCGGCUGCGGCUGCGGAAGAGAGGGACAGCGUGGUCCAGGUGGACACUCUGAGUGGAGAACAUGAUGCUGCGAUCCAAGUGGAGACGCUGCAUCUGUCACAAACGAAGGAAUUAUUAUCGUCAUCAUCAUCGUCUUCUCCGACCGGGCCACAAAUUUUGGUGACAUCAGCUGCUGCUGCACCUCCUGAAGAUCAGGACGAGGAGGAUGAACUGAAUAGUGAGUCAAUGUCAUCCGUCACGUUGACCAGACAGGACAUAUAUCUCGAGGAAUUGGCCAAGACUCUCCACGGCUCUCUUUCCAACAUUGCAGAGUUGAAAGAAUUGGUGGACAAAUCUGCCCCACACGACAUGCUUGUCAAGGUACUUGCCCUCGCCCAAUCUCAAACUGAUCAUCUCAACCACAUUCAUAAGCUGUUGGUGGAAGAGCAUCACUUGAGCCCAGAAGAGGCCAAUACCUCCCAAGUUUCCGGUGUUCGGACAAAGUUAAAGUCGUUGGAAGAAAAGGUGCGAAGUGUGGGACAAUCGUUGAGGGAAUCCAGUCCCAGCAAGAAGGAGGUGACGUGCCCGGCUUGCACCCCAGCCCAAAGGGGGGCUUGGGAUUCCACCCUCUGGCGUUUGGAGCAGUGGUUGACCCACGCGGAGGGAAAGUUGAAGUCGACCAUGAAGAAAAGACCACCCACUCAAGUGGAGCAGUUGGAGGAUGCCGUGUUGCGACACAGGGAGUUGGUACUGGAUCUAGAUUCUCACCGAAAUUUGGUCCACCGACUGACCGGAGUCCUUUCCCACCUUAACGAACACGGGGAAACCUCGACGAUGGGCUCCCUCGAGUUGGAAAAACUUCGCGAACGACUUCAGGCCGCAAUAACCCUGUGGAAAAAAGUGUGCCACCAAACGGCCCUGUGGCAGGCUCGGCUUCAAAUCGCUCUCAUGGAGAACUCUGGAUUCCACGAAAAUUUGGAACAUUACGAAACUUGUGUGGGCCAAGUUCAAGACGACAUUCAAGCCCUGGAACCCGUUGACCUCUCCCAACCCCGAAAAACUAUCCUGGCCAAGUGGAGACGCUUUGCGGCCAUGCGAGAUCAACUAGUUCGGCUUGAACCGGAAGUGACAACGCUGCUGGCUACGGCAGAGCAACUGUUUGUCAAUCCUACGGCCAUCGAAAGGGAAGGAAUCUGCUCCCCUGGACCAUCGGACCAAGAUGUCUUUGUUGGAGAAGAAAGUGCCACGAUCAUUGAUCGCAUCUCGACCGUGAAUCAUCAACUCAAAGCACUGAUAAAAGUCUGCGACGCUUACAUCCGACACUUGUCCGCAUUUAUCCGAGACAGUGGGGCUGACGGAGACCGUGGAGAGUCACCCAUGCUGAGCUUAUCUGAGGAGAUACUUGAGAGAUCUGCAGGUCGCUCGAGCCCAGCUCUCGCACGAAAUCCCCAUCACAGCACCACCUCAACCGAAAAUGAGGACGGACCGCCACCAGCUUCUGUCCUGGUUCGUGGGGGUCGUUACGUUGCCCGCGUGGUGCGAGCUUCCCUGCCAAUCCAAGCCCUCAUCCUCCUCCUCCUCGGAGCAGCCACCUUCAUCCCCUACGGCGAAGACUACUUGUGCACGCACCACAACAACUUCAAGUACUCGCUCGAACCUAUGCUACACUAUCCGGAUGGACCCCCACCUAUUUAGGAACACCACAAGGAAAAAAUAAUACAAUGCACGUCGUUCGAAAAAAUUUGAAAAAAACAUCCAGUGAUUGGUGCUAUUUAUUAGUCGAUAUCUUUACAAAUAUAUCUAAUUAAUUAGUCAUGUUAGGCAUGAAAAAAUAAUGUGCAUCCAUUUUGUGAUCUUUUUCCUUAAGCCAAACUCUGGUUAUUAUUAGUGUAGUAGUGUCAUGAUUUAUCCGACGCACACAAAUAUAUUACAAGAAAUAUUUUGUAGGAUUAGUUUCAGGUUACUUUCCAUCCUCUGAGAUUAUCGAGUAUUAUAGAGAGCGAGAGAGAUUUCCGUGAUAUUUUAUUUUUAUUGUGUGAUGAUAAUGAUGAUAUCAAUCGAUUAAUGUACGAGAGUAUAGAUUAAAAUUCCAGAAAAAUUGACAUCCAACUAAUCCAUGCCAAAAUAAGUGCUUAUUUAUGGUGGCGUAGAUCAAAGUGUCAGUAUGGAAAAAGUCGACUGGCUGGAAAUCUAUUACAAUGGAUUACAUUACGAGUGUUUGUCUGUGAUUUAGUCAUUGGAUGGUGCCUUCUCCUCGUUAUUCUUCAAAUACAAAUGUAGAGUCGUUUAUGUAGAAACACAAUAUGCACAAACUGCAAAGGAUGGACUGGGAAAAAUAACGGUCGUGUGAUCGAUCUUAAGAAAUUAAUUAGUCACUCAUCGCUAGUUAUCUCAUUCAAUGAAAUUAUCUUCGAUGGUGGUUUAGCUUUAAUUAUAAUCAACUAAUAUUAAGUUACUAAAUAUUCAUACAUUAUUUUUUUCUGCUUAUUAAAUACACAUUACGCAACGGAGUUCAAUGGAAGCAAAUAAGCUGUGUUUCGUAGUCGUGGUCUCGCUUCCGCCUUAUUUUAGUGCAUCUUAUUGACUGGAUUUAAGAAUAAUAAAGCAGACAGUAAAAAAUGUAUGUUUUGAAAACUAGGAGGAAAUGCAAUAAAGAAAGCAAGCAAAACAUUAUGAA